UCUCCUAUAGCAGUCUAAGUCAUAUGUCUCCUAUAGCAGUCUAAGUCAUAUGUCUCCUAUAGCAGUCUAAGUCAUAUGUCUCCUAUAGCAGUCUAAGUCAUAUGUCUCCUAUAGCAGUCUGUCAUAUGUCUCCUAUAGCAGUCUGUCAUAUGUCUCCUAUAGCAGUCUGUCAUAUGUCUCCUAUAGCAGUCUGUCAUAUGUCUCCUAUAGCAGUCUGUCAUAUGUCUCCUAUAGCAGUCUGUCAUAUGUCUCCUAUAGCAGUCUAAGUCAUAUGUCUCCUAUAGCAGUCUAAGUCAUAUGUCUCCUAUAGCAGUCUAAGUCAUAUGUCUCCUAUAGCAGUCUAAGUCAUAUGUCUCCUAUAGCAGUCUAAGUCAUAUGUCUCCUAUAGCAGAUUUACAUUUGACAUUUUAGUCAUUUAGCCGAUGAUCUAACCCAGAGCGACUUAAGUGAGAGCAUACAUUUUAAUAUUUUUUUCUUACUGGUCCCCUGUGGGAAUCGAACCCACAACCCUGGCACUGCAAGCACCAUGCUCUACCAACUGAGCGGAAUACAGAGUACACGCCAGAUGUAGUGGGGUAUACACAUACCAAAUUAUUAUAUGCCGUAUUAGUACAUGGCUGGAUUGAUAGACAGUGACCUCUAGUGGUGAUGUUAUAUAUUGCAGCUACCUCAGGAAAUGUAUAUAUUAUUCAGUGUCACCACUGUCUUAUCAUCUGUCCUUUCACUAGACAUGAAAUGGUAUUGAUUUGAAAUGGGGGAGUUCUAUUAGUUGAGCAAGAUCAAUCAUACUUACGCCCACUUUUAAUAUAAACAAAGUUACUUAUCUUACUGAAGAAUUAAACUUUUUAUUAAACUAUUAUUUCCAUAUACUGUAACUUGUCUGCUAAUGGCCACGCUGUGUAGUUUAACAUAUCCUGGUUGUCAUAUCAGAUAAUAAGGUAGUGAUUAGUAUCACAAGUAUUUGAUAGAAGAGAAAGGGAGAGGAUAAUAUGAUACCUUGGAUCCACUAUCUCAGUUUCCACAGCAACCGGUAUUAAAUAACAUGCACUCUGUGGCGGACUUUGAACUGGCAGGCAGAUGGGUGUGGAGACAGGUGAGGUAAGCCAGUUGCAUUCCAGGAAGAGAGAUCUCUGACUACAGACAUGGUAAGAAAAAACAAUUGAAUUGUUUUGUGUUCCCUAAUUUCUGUACAUGUUUAGACCAAUUCAUGGUGUAUUGUGUUUUUCCUCAGGCUAAAUUCCUGUCAGGAACUCAGAUCAACGAGUUCAAGGAAUGUUUCUCCUUGUACGACAAGAAGCGCAAGGGGAAGAUUGAAGCCAAGGACCUGAUCACAGUUAUGCGCUGUCUGGGGACGAGUCCCACCUUCGGUGAGAUCGACCGACACCUGCAGAUCCACAAGAUAGAUAAGAAGGGCGAGCUAGACUUCUCCACCUUCCUGACCAUGAUGCACCGGCAGAUCCAGCAGGAGGACCCCAAGGCGGAGAUCCUGGAGGCCAUGAGGAUGACGGACAAGCAGAAGAAGGGCUAUAUCCUGGCCUCGGAGCUCCGGGCCAAGCUCACCAAGCUAGGAGAGAAGCUCACUGAUAAAGAAGUGGACGAGCUGUUCAGAGAAGCCAACGUGAAGUCUAAUGGCAAGGUGCACUACGAGGAGUUCACCAGGAUGGUGACACUACCGUCAGUGGAUUACUGAGGGACAGGACAGGAGGAGAUGACGUCCUUUAUGACAGGGAAGCAUGGUCAUGGAAGGGACCUGGUUAUGCUGCACUGAGCAUUACCCAACCCCCUGCAUGCACUGAGCAUUACCCAACCACCUGCAUGCACUUAAUUUAUUGAUCAUCUAGGUUUGUGUCUAUUGUACGCUACUUUCUAUCAUUUAUACUAGUGCAUUUGAUUAAUUAAAUUUAUAUAUUUUUUUAAAUUGAGGGUUUUUAUUUGACUUGCUGCAGGAAGAGUAGCUGCUGCAUGUGCAAUAUGUAAUGGACAUUCAAAUAAACAAAAUCAACUAAAAUA